ACCAAACUUCCCUUAAUAUUAUUGGUUAUUAAUUUGAGGGCGAUGAAUUGAAUUGGGGAAGAAGUAAGCGGUUUUCCGUGACAGUGGAAGGUUGUUAUUUGGGCGUGGGAAGAACGCAUUUCAUCAUCGUAUGAAAUGCAGCGAUUAAGGAGUUCAGUGUUGUCGGGGCCCAACCUUAAAAAAAAGUACUUGAAUUCACGAGCUGCCAUUGAAGACACUUUUUUUUCCACCAAGGAUACUUUUGAGAGACAUCGCGUGGUGUUCACAGUUGGAACUUCCAUUGCUUCCGUUGCCACUGCUUGGUUCGGUUAUUCCUUGCGCCAUUUACAUGACACCAAAGUUGAUCAAAGGCUUCAAUCCAUUGAAAAUGCUAUGAAAAACAAUACCAAUCUCCAACAUUCCGAAAUCAAAGACAUUGUCGCCGAAGGUUGUAGUAUCCCUGCUUGUGUCGCCACUGCUGGAACCUCCUUGAUUAUCGGGUAUGCCUUAGGAUGGAGAGGUGGAAUCUGGUAUGCAACUAAGAAGUUCAGAAAGGAGCAGAUGAAAAUGCUGGGACAGAUUACACCUAAAAGAUGGCAAUUGCUUGGGAAGGUGACAACACAAGAUGGUUAUAUUCUUAACUUGGCAAGAAUUAGAAUAAGAGAAUCAAGGGGGCCACCGGUUCUUCUACAGCAUGGACUUUUCAUGGAUGGCAUAACAUGGUUAUUGCUACCUUCAAACCAGUCUCUUGCAUUCCUUUUGGUGGAUAAUGGGUUUGAUGUUUGGGUUGCUAACACUCGUGGAACCAAAUUUAGCCGGCAACAUACAUCUUUACCUUCUAAUAGCUCGGAUUAUUGGAAUUGGUCAUGGGAUGAAUUAGUUGCACAUGAUCUUCCAGCCACAUUCAAGUAUGUGCAUGAUCUAACUGGACAAAAAAUGCACUAUGUUGGUCAUUCACAGGGAACUUUGAUUGCAUUGGCUGCUCUUUCCCAAGAUCAGUUACUUAACAUGUUGAGAUCAGCUGCCUUACUUAGCCCAAUUGCUUAUGUUGGUCAGCUGACUUCACCCCUAGCUAAAAAUGCUGCUGAAAACUUUAUUGCAGAGUCACUGUACAAUUUGGGAAUCUUUGAAUUUAAUAUGAGAGGGGAUUCUGUUAUUAAGUUUCUAAAGGACUUGUGCAAUAACACAGGCAUUGACUGCACCAACUUGUUGACCUCUUUCACAGGCCAAAACUGCUGCCUGAACCCUUCGAUUGUAAAUGUUUUUUUGGAUCAUGAGCCUCAGUCAACAGCAACAAAGAACAUGAUCCAUCUAUCUCAGAUGAUCAGAGAAGGAACCACUUCAAUGUUUGAUUAUGAGAACCGAGAUGAGAACAUGAAACACUAUGGACAACCCACUCCUCCAGUAUAUGACAUGACAAGACUUCCAAAUGACCUUCCUAUCUUCCUGAGUUAUGGAGGGGCUGAUGCUCUUUCUGAUGUUAAGGAUGUGCAACGUCUGUUAGAAAUUCUUAAAGAUCAUGAUGCAGAUAAGCUAGUAGUGCAGUAUAGAAAUGAUUAUGCACAUGCAGAUUAUGUUAUGGGUGAAAAUGCUCACCGAGAUGUAUAUGAACCUCUUAUAUCUUUCUUUAGGCUUCAGUGAUAUCAGUGAAGAGUACUCCUUAUAGAAUAUUGUCAUUACCUGUCUCUAAAUCAUAGAAUUGAAUAGCACAGAAAUACCAGCAUGUAAUUUUACAGAAGAUGAUAUUAUUAAAGGAAAUUCCUGAAAUCUUACUUCAGUGUGUUAUCUAUAGCUGGAUUAAACCGA